AUGGCCCUGCCACAGCUGGCCCUGACAUUCUUCCUAGCCCUUGCUCCUCUGCUGCUGGCACGGGGACAGACGCAGCGCGGCCCUGUGACUCCGUGGGUACGUCAGGAAGCAGAAACAUGCCAAAAGCCCCACUGGGACAUCAGACUGGCACCAGACCAGGAGAGUUACAGGAAGAAUGAAGAAGUGAUUCUGAGCUGUCCCAAGGGUUUCCAGCCACCCUUCACCCAUGCCAAAUGUACAGGAAAAGUUCUGUCUGUUAUCAAUGGAAAACCUAUACACAGAGAAGCUUGGACUGGAAAGGACAGCAGAGGCAAUGUGAUCAAUAUUCAGCCCAGGUUCAGGGUACAGUGCCUGGAUGUCCACCAGGUUGUCCCUAAGAUCCCGGAGAUUUCCAGCACCAGCAUCAAACUGAACUGGACCUGCAGGUUCCCUCAUAUGUGCCAGAAUAUUCGGGCCAGGUGCCAGACGGAGUGGCAUUCCUCCUCAGACUGUGAGACUGAGGAGGUGAAGGUAGAGGAGAUGCUGCAAGGCCAGGAGGGAACUUUCAUCUGCUCCCCUCUGCAGCCCUUCACUGUCUACAGUGUCACCAUCUCCAGUCUGCCCAGCACAAUCCUGUAUGCAGACCUCCACACAACGAAGGAAAUGGUGCCAGACAAGCCAGAGAAGCUGUGGGUGGAUACCAGCACAGGGUCCAUCAGGUGGAAGCCGCUGCCCUCCUGCAAAGGGGAGAUCAUUCGAUACCAGCUGAACAUCACCACCAUGAGAGCAGAGGACGGCAGCAUCAUUAAAUUCGACCCGGUGUUGGUGAACCAGUCUGUCUCUGAGUAUGUGCCACCUCAUCAGACAGCUGGCAACAAAUACCUGGUGACAGUGCAGGGCCUGACGGCUGCUGGGGCUGGGCCUGCAGCACAACUGGAAUUCCAAACCUACGUCCUGGGGCAGCCUAUGGGCUCUUGGCCUGGGUCAGCAGUCACUGUAAUCGUGGUGGUGCUGCUGUUGAUCCCCUUGUCUGCUGGGAUCAUCUGGUUCGUGCUGUGCAGAAAAAAGAAGGCCUUGCCCAGCAAAGUCGAGGAGGAUCAGUACACAGAGCUCCAGCCCUAUGAGAAUGUACAGGGGGAUAAUUACUGCGUGAUCGAGACUUUUCCUGAGAAAGAUGCAGGUAAGUGUGGCCAGGCUGGAGAGCCGUUUCCCCCGCCCCUGCCUGUUCGCGAGAGUCAGCAGUGA